AUGGUCGAUACAGAUGUUCUCCUUAUUGGAGCCGGUGGUGUUGGUACGAUGGUAGCCUUUGGUAUGGACUACACUAAACAGUCCAAGCUCUCUAUUGUGGUAAGAAAGGACUUCGCGAAAGUCAAGGAGACAGGCUAUGAUAUACAUUCGGUGGAUUACGGGACUGUCAAAGGCUGGAAGCCGUCACAUAUCUAUCCAACCGUGGAAGCCUCAGUAGCCACAGGAACAGUCUAUGAUUUUGUGGUCAUUACUACAAAGAAUCUGCCAGACAUCGUGAAAGUGGAAGAGUUGGCCGCUCCCGCAAUCACACCUGGCCACACAUGCGUGGUUCUAAUCCAAAAUGGUUUUGAUUUGGCUAAACCUUUUUUUGACAAAUUUCCUAACAACGUCGUCUUAUCCGGAGUUACAUUAAUAGGGUCCCACAAUACCCACGGUACUAUUCACCACACACAAACUGACAAAUCAUUUAUCAGCUAUUUUGAGAAUCCUAAUUUGCCUCAAGAGGUCCAAGAGGCCAGUGCUAAAAGAUUUGUUUCCAUAUACAGCAAUGAUAAGAACAGCUGUACUUAUGCUUCGAGUGCCAAAGAAUUUAGAUACAAGAAGCUAGUCUACAAUGCAACCUUGAACACAGUCUGCGCCCUUACUGGAGUAGACACAGGGAGACUAGAACAAGCGGGAGGCCUUGCCGCGCUAUCUAUUCCAGCUAUGCGGGAAGUGAUUGCAAUUGCUCAAGCAGACGGCGUUACACUGCCAAAGGACGUCAUAAACACCACAAUUCAUGGUGACGAUGGAGAAUGGUUCGAACCUUCCAUGCUGGUCGACGUGAAAAGAGGCAACCCUAUUGAACUUGAGGUUAUCUUGGGAAAUCUCUUAAAGACUGCUGAAAAGCUCGAAGUGGAAACGCCGAUUCUCUCUGUCUUGUACGAAUUACUUCGAGUCGUACAAUUCCGCUUGAAAGAAAAACAGGGCAUAAUCACUGUUCCCAAGGAACGCCCUAUUUACGACAAAGUGUACGAGUAA